UUCGUACAUAUAUUAUGUGUUUGUUUUUGAUUUUGAUUUCAAUGCUCGCUUUUAAAAUUUUGUUUAGUAUAAAUUGUGCGGAUAGGUCAGUUAUGGCGAUCAUUACAUAUUGAACACCGGAGUUGAAAACAUUUCAUUGCUACCAAAGAAGAUGAAGAGCCACUUUAUCGGAUAUUAUUUGAUACCGCUUGUGUUGGCCGAUAUUUAUUUAGCAGAAUCGUUAACUUAUCUACCACCUAAGGGAGACGUUAGUAAUACAUCGCGGGAACAGCAAGUAUAUCGAGCGCCUAUUUACGGUAAUCAAUCAUAUGAAACGUUCGAGUUUGUUAGCCCCUAUGAAACGAAUCAAGAACUGCACGUUGAGAGAGCACCCGACCAUUUUCAUUUACGCGAUGCAACGAGACCGCAUUAUGAAAAUAGGCAUCAGCCCGCCACAUAUGAGAUUGGUGCUUUGCCUUUGGAAAACUCGAAGGAAAAUCAUUCUCCUGAAAUAACUUUUCCAAAUGGUAACAACUAUCACUUGACUCAUCAAGGAGUGAACAAUGUACAACUAAUUAACGUCAAUUAUCCUUUAAAAACUGAACAAGAAAAUCACUUCCCACCAUAUUACUUUCCUUAUGAAUUGAAAAAUAAUUUUAAAGGAUCUGAACAUUUGCCUCCUGCUUAUACAUCGAAACAAUCGCAACCAACCUAUCCAGAACAGAAAUCGUCGUUUAAAAAUUCGGAAUAUUUUUCGUCGUUACCUGCAACGAAAGAGGAUCGCGUUCAAUUCGAUUAUGCCGCUAAAACAUUAUUAAAUACUUUUAAAGCAUCGGAAUACUUUCCACCCCUUCAUAGUUCAGCAGAGCCAACUCAACAGAAACAGAUAUCAACAUUCAAAGGUGUCGAUUACUUGCCACCACAUCGGAGUGCAUACCCACAAAUACUGUUAACCACGACAAGAAAUUUCUUACCUGUGGAUCAUCAAGAAAUCGAGCAAGAAAAUGGAUAUUUUAAAGACUUGAUACCGCAAUCAUACCGGGGUCCUGAUUACUUGCCACCCGUUCAAGAUGAAAUACAUUCCAUUGAACCCGCAACAGGAUCGUUUAAGGGUUCUGAAUAUUUACCUCCAACCACACAUCAUUUUUCCCGAGCAGAAAAUCAAUACAAAAACUCAGGAUACAACGAUUUCCCAGAAUAUUCGAAGUAUAAUCCAGAAUAUAAAGUUCCUCAGGUGGAACAACAAUCUGAAGGAAUUUUCCUAAAAAAUGAAAAACUAUCUGCCGACUACAACGGUUUUUCAAAAGAUAUUUUAAAAGCAUCCGAUCACCUAUCGCCUGCAAAAAGUGCUGAAGAAGUUACGACUUAUAAAAAGCCCAUUCUCCCAUCUCAACAAUCCAUGCAAAACGUCAAUACUCAACCGCAAUUUGAGUUAACCGAUAAAAACGAGUUCCCAGAUAUUGCCUAUAAAAUAACCGAAGAGAAUAAUGAAUCCUACGAUACAAAUAAAAUAAUAAAUGAUCUACAAAUUUUACCCGCAGGUUAUGAUUUUGAUAAGCCUGAACAUCCGGAAGAAGCUUUAGCUUUACUACACAGCGAAGAUCCGAGACUUCAUAAAUCAAAGACUGCUGCACAACCAAAUUUUGAUAGAAGCAUUCCCAUAUAUAACAGACCUCCUCAUUAUCGGCAAAAGCAUCUUUUGGAUAAUAGUUACAUUCCAAGUCAACUUCAAUACGAAACUUCCCCACAUCCCGUCAUAACAGUGUCAAGUCCUGAAAAGAGUUUUGAUUAUGCGAUUCCCCCGAUUUAUGGGCAAACUUUAGAGAAAAAUUAUAUAAAGAUACUACAAGGAACAUCGGCAAAGCACUUUCCCACAUAUCAAUUGAAUACAGGAGCUGAGCAUUUAUCAUCUUUAGCUAAUACAUCAAAGGUAACCGAUUUGAAAGGGGCUGUUAAAGGUGAAUCAACUAUUAACAGUAUCACUUCGAAGCGAACAUCAGCAACACCAUCCCCAUCUGAAGGAUUGCACACCUCUACUAACCGGCCCUUUCUUGUCUACGGGACAUCAGUUAAAACUAAGCAGUUCGAGCACUUUAACAUCCCGUCAGAAUACUACAUACCCUCUGCGAGAAAUUCACAAGACUACAAAACUUUCCCGCAGGCAUCCAAACAAGAAGCUACAACGCUCCGUUACAAAACGAGUCAAGUACUGUCAGCAUUCAUGCCCAAAAAUACGCAAAAAGAUGGAACCGAAAAUUCCUACAAAGACGCUGUCACCAAGUCAGCAACGUUGCCAGUUGCUAAGUCAGUUAAAUUUAAAGUUCGCACCGUGCAAAUUAUGAAUUCCGAUGGGGUGAAGAGUUUGAAAAUUUUGGAAACCUUAGAUGCGAAUGGUGUAAAAACUAUAAAAAUUUUAGGGACAUCGGAGCAAGAAGAACCGAUGGGACAGCAUCAGUUAAUACGAAUAAUCAAUGGCUCCGAUCAACGGACAGUACAAACCGUGAAAAUCUAUAACGAUCAAUAAUAGAAUGGAAAAAAUAAUCAAAUGCUAUACGUGCAGCACGACGCUUAACUGAUUAGUUUUAUUAAUCAACCUAACCUCGUUAUAAACCGCAAUUAGUUGCAUAAUUAAAUAAAAUAUUUGAUUUAAAUUGAUAGAUAAUGAUAGACGUAUAAACAUAUAGACAUACUGACCUGCCUACGCAAAUUGAAUAAUAAUUUUAUUUACUGUAUAUUUCGCUGUCUCCUCUCUUAAACGCUUCACUUAAACGCUUAGCAGACAAAAUCAUUUUAUAUAUGAUUUUAUUUGCUAUUAUA